AUGAACACAGCCGGAAUGUGUGUAGAUGAUCACAUCACGAGGCCGUGCGCGCUCAACCUUCUGUUGGACAAACAACUAUAUGAACACCUUCGACGCUCUCAAUGCUCCCGAGUCCACUAUCCAUCACAUUCGCUUUAUGAACUGAAACAUACUAUCGAGGAGAUACUCAUCCCGAGUAUGAGCGUCACGUAUCUUCCCUCCCAAUCCAGAAAGAAACAAGAUGUGCCCUUACCAUACACAGCAUCGCCUUGGAAACUGCUGUGGGCUGACAUCCUUCUUUUCCUCCGGAGUCUCUGGAGCCUGCCUGGUAUAAUACUACCCUUGACGCCAUGGAACUCGGGAGCCCUGGACGAACUCUAUCCGUCCAAGGAGAAUCUAUGGGACAUCGUCGUACAUGUGCUUUUGGCUAUCUAUCAGCUCAUAUUUCUCCUAUCACUACCCGUAUUGUUUAUUCUUGCCUUCCCAGCGCUGGGGAUCGGAAUCUAUAUGGCAGUUGCUUUAACUCUGAAUUGGGUGGUUUGCAGGUUUGCUUUGAAUGGGAGUGCCAGGAUUUUGCAGUCGCAAGUCCCCGUUGAACAUCGUCCGGAACAUGACCGUGAGCACUGGAUCUUCAUUAAUGGAGUCGGAGCCGGGAACUUUUCCUACGCCACCUCGGACGUGAGGGAUGCGUACGCGAUCAUCAAGGAAGACUUGUUGAAUCCGAAGUACAAGAAAGUGAUCCUCAUUCUUCACAGCCAAGGUGGGGUUGAGGGAGGCUUGGUCAUUGACUGGCUGCUCGAUGAGAUGCCUCGAGAGUUGCUGCAGAAUCUCGAGGUUUAUACCUUUGGUAACGCGGCGAACCAUUUCAACAAUCCGUUUAAAACCUUGUCUCAAGCUCAUCGGAAUGAAGCCGCAGGCGAAACGCCACAGGUCAACCCGGCAGCAAUAGCGACGAAAACCAUUCGCCGAAUUGAGCAUUAUGCAAACUCCAAGGAUUUUGUGAGUGUCUGGGGGAUAUUGAAUUUCGCCGAUAUUCCGAAUCGAUACAUGGGACGAGUCUUCGUGCGCCCUGGUUCCGGUCAUCAAUUCAUCCAGCACCAUUUAGAUACCAUGUUCACGUUAGGGGAAGAUAUGAAGACUCUGGAUACAAACGAAUUCAUGGAGAUGGAAGUGGAAGUUCCACUGGAUGAGUUGCACCGGCUGAAAGCAGACGGGACAGGUACUGGAGACAGUGUUGACCAUCACGACAUUGACUUUCCUUAUGAGGAGGUGAACGCAGAUGUCCCAUUACUUCAGUCAGAUGGCUCUAUCAGGAGGAAGAUGAAGGUCAAGGAGCUUAGCCGGCUGUGGCUCUAUCGAAAUGGUGCAUCACCCAUGGAUGGAUCCUGA